UCCGAGUGUCAUUUCUUACUCUGUUGUACAUUUUGUCUUUACCUGUGUCAUUCCGCUUUGGAAGACCUAUCAGUAUUUAUUAGGUCAUUAAACAACAUAGUUCCAUCAGCAUCCUUAAAAGCAUAGCUCAGUUGUUAUUAUGUAUAUGCUACAUUUUUGUUUGCCACUACACAAAAUGUUCUCUGUUAUCUGCAUCACUGCACAGCUAAUGACACUCUCCAAGACAUACCUCUUUUCCUUGCACAUGAAACCAGGAUAGCUUUCAUAUGCCCCAAAUUCAGCAGUCUUAGAAACCUCUUCUUCUCUCAUAUGCUUCUAUUUAACUUGUAAAGUUCAGGAAAAAUAGUGGUAGGAUACAUACAACUAAAGCGUUGCAAAACUAACUUCUACUAAAUCUCUGAGCCCAGGAAACAUCACUCACAACUAAUUCACUCUUAAAUUAGAGGACUUGAUGGUAGGAUUAUUCUUUGCUGUAGGUUUAUUUCAAUUAAGCAUAUUUAAGCCAGGAAAACAAAGUCAUGGUGCAAGUAGAAGCUUUAUAGCAAUUUCACAUCAUGUAACAUAAACAUUACUGCAUAUACCUAUUACUGUACACUGUCGUGCAAACACAGCAGAAAACUCAAGCCUCUCCCCACCUCUAUUCUUGUAGUAGAACCCUAUCAGUUCCUACAGAUCACAGAAUAGUUUUAGUUGAAAGAUAUCUUAAAGACCAUCUAGCUUCAACGCCCCUGCCAUGGGUGGGGACAUCUCCAGACAUCUCCCACCAGAGCAGGUUGCUCUAAGUUCCAUCUGACCUGGCCUUGAAUGCUUCCAGGGUAGGGAUCUCCACAACCUACCCAGGCACACUAUUCCAUAUCUACAUCCUCACAGUAAAGAUUUUCUUCCUUAUAACUAAUCUAAAUCUCUUUUAGUUUAAAACCAUUCCUCUUGUCGUAUCAUUACACAGCCUGGUAAAGACUCUUUCUCCAUCUUUCUUAUAGGCCAUUUUUAAGAUUUGGAAGGCCACAAUAAGAUCUUCCCAGAGCCUUCUCUUUCCUAGGCUAAAUAAUCCCAACUCUCUCAGUCUGUCUUCAAGGGAGAAGUGCUCCAGCCCUGUGACCAUUUUAAUGGCCCUCCUCUGGAUCCAUUCCAACAGGUCUGUCUCUCUCUUAUUUUGGGCUCCCCAAAGCUGAAUGCAGUGCUACAGAUGAGGGCUCACAAGAAUGGAGCAGAAUGGGAGAAUCAUCUCCCUAGACCCACAGGUCAUGUUUCCUGGGCUGUAUCAAAAGAAGCAACUGGCUUUCUAGGCUGCAAAAUUUGAAUUUCAUUUCAAGUGACACAAGAUGAUGCUAAUCAAGUCCUGUAUCUCAGUUCAGUGAAAGAGAGAAGAGCAUCUUUCAACAGCAUUAGUUUGCAAAGUGCUAACAUGCUCUUGUCUCAGCAAAAAAUUUUCAAGUCAAAAUCCUCUGGAGUGCUAUACCGCAGAAAGGCACCUUUCAACACGUGUGUUCAUAGAAGGAUCUAUUUAUUUAUAAUUAUUAUUAAUUAAAGAACAAGAAAGGUUCGAAAGCUUCUGUAAUCUGUAUCUCAGUAUCUCAUUAUAAAUGCAGAGGGCAACCUAUCUGAUGCAACAGAACAACCCGUGGCACUGUCUCAGACAGCUUAUUAUCUGUCCUCUGGCCAUUGCCUAUUUCUGCGAGAGUAUGAAAUAAUACAGAAUAUGAAACACAAGCAAAAAGCCUCUAUGUUAACUAAGAUGCACAUUCUCUUGACUUGUAUGUCCUGAGUUUGACAAUAAAGAUAUUAGACUUCAUCACCUACCAUACUGCUUGCAAGUUGAACUCGCGUAUGAGUUCUAAUAUUUCGUUACAUACCUCUGUAAAGCACAAUGGAAGCUAAGAUCCCUGUAGGAAAAGCUGUUCUUUUAGCUAGUUUAUUGUUGCAACUUUGUUUUUUUUAAUAGCUUGAUGGUGGAUUUUUCUGUUUUCCUAGAACAUUUAACUUCAGCAAUACAUAAAUGGAAUGAAGCAACAACAUUAGACAAGCUGACAGGAUGUAUAAGUUUAAAGGAAUGGUUUCCAUUAACUUACUUUACAUUUUUCUAGCUCAGAAAAUAACAAAUGUUGACUGGCACUCUAAGCUAAAUAAAGCUGCACACCACACAUCCGAUUACAACAGCACACAAGUGAUCUUGAGGAGAGGACAGGCUUUCACUAUUACCCUAAACUUCCAAACAACGGUGCAACCUGAGGACAACUUCACAUUUAUUGCAAGCACAGGACUAUCUGCAGCAGAAUCACAGCAGACCAAGGCCAUAUUUUACCUUUCUAAGGAUGCUGCCAAUGGCUGGAGUGCAACUCAAGAGCACUGUGAGCCUGGCCGCAUGAGUCUCAUGAUAAUCAGCCCUGCCAAUGCCAUCAUUGGACGAUACAAACUCAAACUCCAGAUUGCUUCUGGCAACAAGACCUCUUCAGCACUCCUAGGCCAGUUUGUGUUACUCUUCAAUCCCUGGUGUCCAAAUGACGAUGUCUAUAUGGCUAAUGAAAAGGAGCGACGGGAAUAUGUUCUGAAUGACAGUGGAAUCAUAUUUCAGGGAAAGGAAAAAUAUAUUCAGCAAGAAGCUUGGAAUUAUGGGCAGUUUGAAGAAGAUAUCCUUGAUAUCUCUCUGUCUAUACUGGAUCGAAGCCUGAACCACCGCCAAGAUCCAUCCACUGAUGUAUCCAACAGGAACGAUCCCAUCUAUGUGUGCAGGGUUAUUAGUGCUAUGGUUAACAGCAAUGAUGAAAAGGGAGUAGUGGAAGGGAAGUGGAGUGGAAACUAUCGCUCAGGAACCAACCCCUUGCACUGGAGUGGAAGUGUGACCAUCCUUCGAAAGUGGUACAGAGGGAGAUACAAACCCAUCCGGUAUGGCCAGUGCUGGGUCUUUGCAGGAGUUAUGUGCACAGUUCUGAGAUCGCUGGGAAUACCUACCCGUGUUAUUACAAACUUUAACUCUGCCCAUGAUACUAAUAUCAACCUGAGUAUUGACAAAUACAUCGAUGUUUCUGGAAAGACCCUGCACCUGACUGAAGACAGCGUGUGGAAUUUCCAUGUCUGGAACGAGAGCUGGUUUACUAGAAGAGAUCUUGGAUCUUUUUAUGAUGGAUGGCAGGUUUUGGAUGCAACACCCCAGGAAAAAAGCAAAGGCAUCUAUCGAUGUGGCCCAGCUUCCACCAGAGCCAUUAAGGAAGGAGAUGUGAACCUGGAUUAUGACAGCUCAUUUGUGUUCGCAGCAGUGAAUGCUGACUGUGUUACUUGGAUUCACCAUAGCAACAAAAGGAAAGAGAGAAUUUACUCCAAUACCAGGAAAAUUGGAAAAUUUAUUAGCACCAAAGCAGUGGGCACCAACACCCGAGUGGAUGUCACUGAUAAUUACAAAUAUCCAGAAGGAUCCUCCAAAGAAAGGGAGGUGUACAAAAAGGCACUGAAGCUGCUGCGUGUGAGAAACACUGGAAGAAGAAAAAAAGUUACAAAACCCAGGAGACGACUUCCAGUAGCAUGGAGACAAAAUAUGAGAGCGACCACACGAAAACCCACUGUCUCGGGGAAGCUGAAGCUGGAUGCAUCUCCUGUAAUAGGCCAGGAUAUCCUCCUCACCUUGGCACUGCAGAAUUUGACUGCAGACUUCAAGACCAUAAAGGUUAAACUGAAGGCUUCAGCUGUUCUCUACACGAGAAAACCGAAGGCAGAGAUCUUGCAGUGGUCUAGGUCUGUUCAACUUGGAUCUGAAGAAGCGAAAGAGAUCUCAUUCAAGAUCACCUACUCCCAGUACAAAAAUGCUUUGCUGGAUGACAGGAAGAUCCUAGUGACUGCUGUGUGUGAAACCAGACAGGGAGCAUCACUUCUACUGGAAAAAGAUAUUGUACUUCAGGAUCCUCUUCUCACCAUCGAGGUCCUUGGUCCAACAGUGGUACACAAGGCCACUACGGUGCUGGUCACAUUUACCAACCCGCUGUCUGAAGUGGUGACAGACUGUGUGCUGAGAGCAGAAGGCAGCGGCCUGCUCAAAGAGCAACUCAACAUCAAUGUGGCAAGAAUGGCCCCCAUGGAGACCUCAACAGCUGAGUUUGAGAUCAUUCCCUACAAGAGUGGCAUCAGGCAGCUUCAGGUGGACUUGGCUUGCAUCCAAUUUUCAAACAUCAAGGGAUUUGUGAUGCUUGAUGUGGCUCCUGCCCAGUGAUACAACCUUUACACCAGUUCAGUUUUGUCAUGGUUUAUGAGACUGGCACAGUGCUCAAGCAUUAUUAGCACUAGAAAUGUAGAAAUGCAGAUUACUCGGCCAAAGCAAGUGAAAAAAUAUGAACCGAAAUCAACAAAAAGGUACCAUGCACUGUACUGUUCUUCGUUUUGCAAAGUAGCUCAGGAGAAAGUUUCAAAGCUAAAACUGAUACCUAUACUGCUUUGUUGAUAGAAAUGACACACUUUCUGUCUGGACCUUCCUAAUUUAAGUGCUGCCAAAAGCUUUCAGGACUUACACGAAUACAACUCUGGCCUGACUGCUGUGUUUCAUUGCUUUUUAAAUACAAAGGACAGCAAGACAAAGGUGCCAGUCUGGAAGAUAUGCUGCAGGAAAUACUGACCAAGCUAUUCUACCGGCCCAGAGGGAAUGACCCUAAACUGUGUCCUCUUCAUAAGAAAUGGCAGCAGUUCCCUUGGACUUUGCUAAGCCUAAACAUAAGCAAUUUCCUGAAAAUAAAAAUUAAUGUGUGUAGAGAUCCACCUUAGAUGCUCUCUGGCUUUGUAACAUUGCCUGCUUCUAGUAUGAAUCUAUUUUAGGCUGUGGUAGUCAUCAGAAUCAAUAAGCAGCACAGGCAAACAGUGCAUUGGUCCUAAUUAUUUUGGAAUGAUGCACUUUGAUGAAAUUGCAGUGGGGGGGGAGGGGAGUGUGGGGAAAGGUUGGGUGUUUUUUGUUCACUCCAGUUCAGCAACUUCUCCCUGCUUUACCCUGAAGAAUUGGCUGAACUUGUCAGUGAGACCACUUAAGAAAAAAGAGUCCACUACACGUACUGCUGUUUUGUGAUAGCUUGACUUUCAGGGCUGUUAAGCUGGCAGACCUGCUGCUACAUGCCUCCCUCAGCCCUUCAUCUGUAUCUUACAAAACCACUGUAUCCGCCCUCCCCACCUAUGACAGAGGAACUGCCACCUGCUGCUUUAUGCCAAGCAGACAGGAGAAAAGCAAAACUGAUUUUUCAGUUGAUACUGUGCAGCACUUCCAGAAACACAUAGGAAGCAGGCUGGUAGAAAAGGCUGAGGACUAUCAGGAUUAUGAAGAUUCACAUUCAGCAGUCUUGUAUCCUUUUUCCACCAAGCUGCUAAAAGUAGGUCACCAUACUCUGUCAGAAAGGUAUUGUGACACCUGUAUCUCAAGCCCAACAACAUAUCAAUAUAUUCCUUGCAGCAAAGAAGCCAAAAUCAAUAAAGAUAUGAAUUUUCCUAAGAUACUGUUUGUCCAUUUCCUCCUACCAACACCUAGCAUGAGGCAUGCCUAGGAACCGAGCCUCAGCUUCCCCAAAAAUAAUGUUUCAGAGACUCAAACUGAUUCUGUAACAAAUUAAACGGAGGUCUCAUUCAAAUUUCUUUCAUUUGAAGCCAACACAAUCUUCAAAACACGUAAAUUUCUGUUUUACUGCAUCCAUUACACUACUCUGCGAUCCACAUAUAUACUUACAAGGGUCCCCAAAGCUAGUCAAAACCAGUCAGUCCAGCGAGACUGGAAUGAAGACUGAAAAGGUCACACAUACAUGAAUGCAGGAAUUUGGAUUUCUCCAGGCAAAGCAGAGGGGGCAAUGAGUAGCUUUGCACCUAUCAAUUAAGUCUUACAGAAUCUUGGAAAGUCAGGGUAUAAAAUCCACCAUUCACCUCAGAAAGGGCCUUGAGGUGGUGAUUAUAUUCACAACGUCUCAUUCAGUCUUGCAAGAACGCAGACUGACAUUGCAGACUGACAUUAACUCAACAUGCAGUACAGCUAAGCCAUUUAAAUUCCUUCACUAUUUGUCCUUAAAUACAACCCAGGAAAUGAUCUAACACAGUGUUUGUCACAAGAGCUUGGCAUCACCUCGUCCUAAUUAACUAUUUGUAAAGGAAGCCUACUGUUCAAAGGGAAAUCAGCAGGAGCACUUGUGCAAAGUCCUUUGCUUUGCAACACGUGGGGUUGCUGGGUUUUUGGGGUGUCAGCAUUAACUGCCCUCAGCAACCACACCCAGCUCAGCUGCAGUGCUAAAGCACAGAUUUAUCUGUCCAGCGAUGUACAAGAAAUACACAUUCCUCCUGUGUUAGACAGCUGGUCAAUUAAACUAAUAAUUAUUACAGAGAAAAUGUUAAAAUGCCUGAAGAAAGAUUUAAACGCUUUGACCAAACCUACAAUCUUUAUACAGCCCUUAGUCAGAAGUCCAUAGGAGUUAGUAGAGUAACACACAGCUAAUUACCAGCAUUUUGCUUUAUAAAUAUGCCAUUUAAAGCUGAACAUGCACCCAGCCCUCAUUCCACUCCGAUUAAUCCAGUAAGUAAUAAUAAUAAUGUAAGCACUAGCUGAAAUCUAACAUUCACACUAUGAAUUUGGCUUGAAAGGUCUCAAUGACAGUAAAUGCUUCUCCCCAGAACUGUUUUCUUGAUAUAAUUUUCUCAGACCUUGAUUCUAACAGUCAAUUAAAUAACUACCCUUCUACAGAUUUAUCUUUUUAAUCUGAUAGCCCAAG